AACACUAGGUGAAUAAAACGGUCUGUGGUCGCCUGAGGACUGGGAACGACUAGGGCACAGGGCUGUCUGGCCCUGGGGGAAGGGUGCCGGUAGCUGAGAGGUGUGAAGUAGGGCCACACACCUGAUGGCUGAACUGCGAGAGGCCUGCGACCCGAGAUCCGCGUAGCAGAAGGCUUUGGGAUGGGCUUCACCAAGUUCCGAGGCCCUAGAAGUUGCCCAGGUGCGUUAAUUUUCACCAGCUCAAAAACGGAUCUCAACCCAGAAGUGAGGAACUAGACACCGGAGCUCGGUAACCCGGCGAGGAAUGCGGGCACGUUCAGGCUGGGGCCGACUCGCUGGCGGCCGCUGGCCUGCCCAGCCCUGCCCUGGCCGCGCCCUGAGCCGCGCCGAGUGGAACUCGAGGAACUCCGACUUGGUCCGCGCGCUCCGAGCGACCGCGGCCGUUCCCGUCGGUAAUUUGCUGCGUGUGGAGCCCCGCCCUCGCCCGCCCAGCGGCCCCUCCCGCGCCUCGGAAUCCGGCCGCUUCCCGGGACCGCGCUGGAGGCCCGGCGGCGUCAGGGCACCCAUGGCGCUGCCCACCUGGCUGCAGCCCAGGUAUAAGAAGAACACCUAUCUUUUCAUCUAUUACUUAAUCCAGUUCUGUGGCCACUCAUGGAUAUUUACAAAUAUGACAGCCAGAUUCUUUUCAUUUGGAAAAGAUUCAAUGGUUGACACUUUUUAUGCUAUUGGACUUGUGAUGCGUCUUUGCCAAUCAAUUUCUCUCCUGGAAUUGCUGCACAUAUGUGUUGGCAUUGAAUCCAACUAUCUUCUCCCAAGGUUUUUGCAGCUCACAGAAAGAAUCAUCAUCCUUUUUGUGGUAAUCACCAGUCAAGAGGAAGUCCAAGAGAAAUAUGUGGUGUGUGUUUUAUUCAUCUUUUGGAAUCUAUUGGAUAUGGUUAGGUACACAUACAGCAUGCUGUCAGUCAUCGGCAUAUCCUAUUCUGUCUUGACAUGGCUCAGUCAGACACUGUGGAUGCUGAUAUAUCCCCUGUGUGUUCUUGCUGAAGCAUUUGCCAUCUAUGAGUCACUGCCUUAUUUUGAAUCAUUUGGCACUUAUUCCACAACACUGCCCUUUGACUUAUCCAUCUAUUUUCCAUACGUGCUGAAAAUAUAUCUCAUGAUGCUGUUUAUAGGUAUGUAUUUUACCUACAGUCAUCUUUACUCAGAAAGAAGAGAUGUCCUCGGAGUUUUUCCCAUUAAAAAGAAGAAAAUGUGAAGCAUAGCAUUCCGACGUGUCAUGAGAAAAGCCAGGCUUGUGGAUUCUGCUGCAGUAAAUAGAAAGCAGGAAGUAUUCUUCUGGAAAAAAAUACCUAGUAUUUGACAAAAACCAUGAUGUGAAAUAAUCACAUCCCAUCCCCAAACUAGACACGUCAUAGCAGGCUAGAUGUCUCACACAUUGUAUUUUUGGAUAUACACUCUGCAUUCCCUGCUUUACCAAAACUCUGGAUUUUAAACAAGUUACAAUUUGUAUCAUGUGAAGCCUGAAUAUUUUCCUGUAUGGUUAAUGAAAAAUAGAUGAACUGGAAUAGAUUCAGUUAAGAAACCAAAGCAAACAUGUGACCUAAAUUACAUGUAUUGCAUUUCACAUUUGUGUUUCUAGUAGCAGAGCUGUAGGAGAUGAGUAAGGUAAAAUUUGCACCGUGGUUGUCUAGAAUAUAAUUUUAUAGAUAGUGUCAUUGUCCUGAAGGAUAAUAACUUAAUACCCAUUGUAAACUUUAAUAAACAUUUUUUUAAGCCCUAUGUCUUAGUCAGCUUAGGUGACUAUACCAAAAUAACAUAUACUGGGUGGCUUAAACAACAAAGUUAUUUCUCACAGUUAUGGAGGUUAGGAAGUCCAAUUUCAAGGUACCAGCUAAUUUAAAUCCUAAUGAGGGCCCUCUUGGUUUGCCAAUGGUUAGCUUCUUGCUGUAUACCCACAUGAGAAAAAUAUCAACUCAAGUGUCUCCUGUUAUGAUGAUACUCAGGUCUUAUUAUAAUGGACUCUCUGCUUCUCUUAUAAUUGCCUCCCCAAGCCCCAGCCCCAAAUGCCAUAGAAGGGAUUAGGGCUUAAUGCAUGAAUUUUGAGGGAAUGAAGAUUCACUCAGUAACAUUCCAUACUGAGUCCCACAGAAUUCAUGUCCUUCUCACAUGCAAAAUAUACUCAUUCCAUCCCAAAAGUGAUAUUAUGAAAUUUUAUAUAAAAAAGAAAUGUGUGUGUAUAUAUAUAUAUACACAGAGAGAGAGAGAGAGAGAGGAUGAUAUAUAAAACAUAGAUAGGUUUGUGCCCAUGAUUUUUCCUCCUUAAAAUUCCCAUAACCCUUAUUUCUUAAGUGACUAGAACAAUAGCAUAUCAUAAAAUAUUUUGUCCAUGGUUUCUGAAGUAGCUCUGGAACAGCUUCAGAGAGAGAAAGGUGAAAGACAGUAUACAUUUCUCCUUACCUCCUUUCACCUGCUCCUUUUUCUCUUAAAGGUAGUCCAUAAAGAUUAACUUUGUCUUCUGCAAGGUAGGUUAUGGAAGUUGAAAAUAUGCUGUAAUCUUUCCUCAACUUUCUAUCUUGAAGAUGACCAUAAAAAAUUUAUCUGACCUAUCUUCUCUGAUAGUAAACCGUGAGACCCACAUUUUAGAAAGGAUCCUGCCACAUACUCAGAAGUGAGGAAUGCUGCACAGAGGCCAACCAAGUAUCUGGACAGGCCAUGGUGGGUUUCUCCACUCAGUCUGUUAGCAUUAGAUCAUACCCUUUUCAGUUCUGUCCUAUUUCUACAUGAUUGUUCAUGCUAUCCAGUGAAGUUUCCAUGAAAAGCCCAAAAGGAAAAGGUAUGGAGAACUUCUGGACAGCUGAACACAUGGAGGCCUGCAAGAGGGUAAAUAAGAACUCACCCCACAUACUGGCAUUGUGAGACAUUAAACUAUGGGGGCUGAAGCUCCUGCACUUGAGACCCUUCCAGAGCUCCUCCUAUGUCUCUUUUUAUUUGACUGUUACUUGUAGCCUUUAUAAUCUAAUAAAAAUGUUUUCCCAAGUUCUGUGAGCUGUUCUAGCAAAGUAAGUCCAAAGAGGGGAUCAUGAGAACCCCAACUUAAAGCCUGGAGAAGGUCUGGAGGCUUCAACUUUGGACUGGUGUCUGAAGUGGAAGUCUUGUGGGAAUAAACCUUUAACCAAUGGAGAUAUCUGCAGGAAUAGAGCACCGGAAUUAAUUGGAUUAGAGGGUGCCCAGCCAGUGUUUGCUGCGUGCUGGUGGAGAGAACUAUGGACACACUUGAUCGCAGAAAUCUUCUGUGUUGUGGAAAGGAUAGAGAAACUGAAAUUAGGCUUUUCUAACACAUAACCCCCAAAUCUUAACUCAUUCUUAUGUCAACUCUAAAAUAAAAAAAUCAGACAUGGACGAGACUUGAGAGUAUUCAUCCUGAGGCAAAAAUUCCUUUCCAGCUGUGAGCCUGUAAAACCAAGUUAAGUGUUUCCAACAAAUGAUGAUGGAACAGGUAUAGAGUAGACAUUCCCAUUCCAAAUGGGAAAGGCAGGAAGGAAAUAAAGGAUAACAGAUCACUGAUACAUCUAAAACCUAGCAAGGAAAACUCCAUGAAAUGUUAAGGCUCACAAAUAAUCCUCUUGGCUUGAUACUCUACUUUCAGGACCAGCUGGGUAGAGGUCUUGCCCUCAGGACUCUGUUGAAGGAGGCUAGGUCCUCACAGCUCCAGUCAGAGAUUAUCUGUUGAAACCAAGGUGAGGCUACCCCCAUUGAAACUUAAAAGACAGACCUGAUGAUCUCCAAAUAACCUACAGGGUCAUUCUUCCUUGGUGCUGAAUAACAGUGUACUUUCACAGUCACAUUGCUCUAUUGUCCCAUCUUGUAAAAUCAAAGUUCAAUAGCUUUGCUUCAUUCUCACCUUCAAUUCCUUCAGUUCAAACUAGCAAUUUUCUUCCUAGGGUGGCUAAUCUAUGAAAUAAAACCACACUAAUCUUAUUGACUGGUCAGUCUGCUCCACUCGUAGUGUUCUCUUCCAGACACAUUUUCUCCUUUUCAUAAUGUGGACAGGCUGAGAAUUUUCCAAACCUUUAAGUUCUGGUUCCUUUUCUUGUUACUAAUUUUUUCAUUUCUUCUCAUAUUUUACUAUAAGCAGUCAGGAGGAACCACGCUACUCCUUCAACACUUUGAUUAAAGAUCUCAGUUAAGUACCCAGUUUCUUCACUCACAAGUUUCACCUCCCACAAAAUUUAGUCAAGUUUUUUGCCAGUUUAUAACAAAGAUUGCCUUUUCGAUAGCUUGUUCCUAAUUUCUAUCUGACACCUAAUCAGAAUGGUCUUUACUGUCCAUAUUUCUAACCUAUUCAUGAUUGUGUAUUCUCUGAAAAAAAUGGGAACAUUUUCAUGGAAAAUUUGGCUUUUUGUCCUAUGCACCUCAAAAUUAUCCCAACUGGGACCAACAGAUGGUGUAGAAGUUAUGUCUCUGGAUCCCCACAUGGUCACCCAUGGUUUGAGUCCUGGACACAGUGCCUUCAAAAUCACACCAAGCACAUAUUUAUGCAUGUCCAAGA